ACCGAGACGGUCAACUCCAGGCCAAAAUUUGUCCGAAGUUAAGAAUGAUGCUGCAUCUCUCUCUGUUCUGUGUGACUUGUAUAAGUCUAUCCUUUUUAACCAUCUCCUCCAGUAAUUUCCAGAGGGCGCUACCAACGCUUUUUGGAUAAUUUGAAAUGUCUAUGUACAGAAUGAUAAAGAAGAAGAAAAAUUUAUGAAAGAAGCGGAAUGGCGCAUGACUCUGUUUAUCCUAUCUCUAAGAAUCAUUUUGAAUUUCCUUAGAGAACGCCUCGUGCAAGUGAUUUAAUUUAGAUUUUAAUUUUUAUUAUGGCCGAAAGAAAGUGUUUAAUAUGUGGGGCUUCUGAGUCAGAAGUCCAGAGAUUAUUUUGUUUUCCAUACAACCCUGCAAGGAAUGAGUUGUGGAUGCAAACUCUGGGUUUUAAAGCAUGUGCUGUAAGAAAGCAUCACAGAAUUUGCAACAACCAUUUCAGAAGGGAAGCUUUCACCGAUUCAAGUUUGCAGAAACUGAAUAGAAAUGCUAUUCCCAUGCCUUGGGUAAUCUCUUCUUCUGCAGCAAAUACAUUGGAAAGCAUGCCUUCCCUUAUUAAUGAGGAACAUGCUGGUACAUCAGGUAUAUCCACAUUCCCAGCGUCAGUUCUAGCUGAUGAGGUAGAACCUAACACUGAUGAGGAACAUGCUGCUGUAUCAAGUACUUCCACAUUCCCAUCAUCAGUUCCAGCUAAUGAGGGAAAAGCUUCUGUAACUGAAGAGAUACAUGCAGGUACAUCAAUUUCAUUAUCAGUUGCAGCUUACGUAUUCACUUUGGUCAGUGGAGGGCAACUGGACUCGGAAGCUGUCGCUACGGCAAACUUCAUCACGGAAGUGGACAUGCUGUUCGACAGCUUCAAUGGGAAAGCGGCUGUAGGUCCUUUUGGAAAGGAGCUGAGGGGACCUUUGAAGCUAGGCUCCCCUCACAUAAAAUUUUGGAAGGAGGAACAUGAGAAGGUGCAAAAUUGGCAGUUCAUGAGGUAUACAAAAAAUGGCAGAAUCCGAAAAUCUAUGCCACCUUCCCAAACAGGUUGGCUCCAAUCUAUAAAUGCGAUUCAAAUGAUCUGGAAAUACUUAAGGAACAAUGGUUUCAUUUCCCUGAGGACCAGAUCUUUGAAUCAAGAUCCAUUGGAGAACCUGUUUGGGCAAAUAAGGUAUGGUUGCGGAUCCAAUGACAAUCCUACAGUGCAGCAAUUCAUUGGGACCCUGAAAACACAACUCCUCAAUGGUUUGGUUAAUCAAAGCUUUCAAGGGAGAAAUUGUGAGGAUGACGAAAAUACACUUUUGUGUAAUUUGAAAUCAUUCCUCAAUAUUUCCCUUGAGAGGGAGGAGAUGGAAGUUCCAGAAGAUGCUUCUUUGACCGAUCAAAUACCUCAGUUCCAGACGUCACCUGAGGAACUGUCGGUUAAUAUAUCGAGAGAAGUUUCUUCUGGAAACCCUGGUGUUUUUUCGGUAGCAUAUGUGGCAGGAGCUAUUGUGAAGACCCUCAAAAAACACAUAUGCUGUGCCUUAUGCGAUAAUAUGAUCAGUUCAUCCAGUUCAGAACCUCAAAAUUUAUUCAUAGCGAAUAAAGAAUGGUCGGAUGAAAGAUCAGUCCUAAUGUACCCAAGUGAAAGGUACUUUGUUGCUGUAGGAUGUGGAAUUAACAGGUUGGAGGAAUUUUUAGAUAACUCCCCAUCCCAUCCUAAAGUAGCAGCAACCGCACUUGGGGUACUUAGAUCUGACAUAAAUUUUGAGGAUCUAGGAUGUCCUGAUCAUAAAAAUCGCAUAAGGGACAUCACGACUGCUGCAAUAUGCAGGAUUGGCAUUCCUUGGUGGUGCAAAAGGAAGUGCGAAGAAGUAAAGUCAGAUGCCAAAAAAAAGGCCUAUGAAAAAAAAAUUAAAAAAUUGCGUCAUUCCUGAUUUUAUUUAUUUUUUUACUUCUCUUCGACCAGCUUUUGCAUCAUCACCCAUUUCGAUCGCCAUUCUUGUCUACCUUUAUGACCUUCAUGGCUCUAAUUUUCAUGUUUUUCAAAAAUUUCAAAGUUUAAUGAAUUUUAUAUGUUCUAAUCUUCAAUUUCUAUGUACCAAUUGUAAUAAAUUCUUGGAUUCACCAGCUAUAUAUAUAUGUGUGUAUGUCAAUAAACAUAUUCUGCUGCAAUAUGUGGGAUUGGCAUUCCUUGGUGUUGCAAAAGGAAGUGCGAAGAAGUGAAGUCAGAUGCAAAAAAAAUGCUUCAUUCCUGAUUUAAUUUAUUUUUUUACUUCUCUUCGACCAGCUUUUGCAUCAUCACCCAUUUCGAUCGCCAUUCUUGUCUACCUUUAUGACCUUCAUGGCUCUAAUUUUCAUGGUUUUCAAAAAUUUCAAAGUUUAAUGAAUUUUAUAUGUUCUAAUCUUCAAUUUUUAUGCACCAAUUGUAAUAAAUUCUUGGAUUUACUAGUUGUAUAUGUAUGUACCAAUAUGUGUGUGUAUGCCAAUAAACAUAUUCUUGUGAAUACAGAGUUUUGUUAUU